GCCUUUCAUUUUUUCAACUGGUUCACAGCCCGCAAUCAAUCCCCAUCGCUGCUCUCUUUUCACUCUCCAGGCUUAUUGGACUUGGAAAUUCCACCUUACUAUCUCUCACAAUUCAAUCAACUAUGGAAUCCAUUGGAGUUCUCAUGGCUUGCCCCAUGAACUCUUACCUCGAACAACAACUCGAGAACCGUUUCAAGCUAUUCAGAUUCUGGACAGUGCCGGACAAAUCAUCCUUUCUGGCUUCUCACAAGGACUCAAUCCAGGCGGUCGUCGGAAACGCCUUUGCCGGUGCCGAUGCUAAGCUGAUCGAGGCGUUGCCCAAGCUGGAGAUUGUUUCCAGCUUCAGUGUGGGGCUUGAUAAGAUAGAUUUGGCCACGUGUAAAGAAAAGGGUAUCCGAGUUACCAACACCCCUGACGUUUUGACUGAGGACGUGGCGGAUUUGGCGAUCGGUUUGAUGUUGGCGGUGUUGAGGAAGCUCUGUGAGAGUGAUCGGUUUGUGAGGAGUGGCAAGUGGAAGAGAGGGCAAUAUGUGUUGACUACUAAGUUUACUGGAAAAAGAGUUGGCAUUAUUGGGCUGGGAAGAAUUGGCAUGGCAAUUGCUACGAGAGCUGAAGCAUUUAGCUGCCCUAUUAGUUACUACUCUAGAACAGAGAAACCAGAAAUCAAAUACAAAUACUAUCCAAGCGUUGUUGAGCUGGCUGCCAACUGCGAUAUCUUGGUUGUUGCUUGUGCACUGACUACAGAGACCCACCACAUCAUCAACAGGGAAGUCAUCGAUGCAUUGGGUCCAAAGGGUGUUCUCAUCAACAUCGGGAGAGGCCCUCAUGUUGAUGAACCCGAGCUGGUUUCUGCAUUGGUUGAACACCGGUUAGGAGGUGCAGGGCUUGAUGUGUUUGAACAUGAACCCGAAGUACCGGAAGAGCUUUUUGGGCUUGAUAAUGUGGUGCUCUUACCUCAUGUAGGUAGCGGUACGGUGGAAACCCGCCAAGCUAUGGCUGAUCUUGUGAUUGGGAACUUGGAGGCACACUUUCUGAAGAAACCACUAUUAACUCCUGUGGUUUAGUUGUGCUAUAUUAGUUGAUUGCCAUUUUCAGAUCGGCGCCUCUCAUUUAUAUUUUCAUGAUUAUGAGGACAUUGUACGGUAGAACCUUAUUCCUAUGGGGCAUCAAUGUUGAUUGCAAUUAGAAUAAAAGUUUAACCAUCCUUUGUUGAUUAA